AUGAUCUCCCAUCGCAACGCCAUUGCGAACAUAAUGCAGAUUGUGACCUAUGAAAGCACAUAUCAGUCUGACGAGCCAGAGCUUUGCCUUGGCGUUCUCCCUCAAAGUCACAUAUACUCCCUUGUAGUUGUAUCGCAAGCAAGUAUUUGGCGCGGGGACGGUGUCGUUGUUCUCCAGGGAUUCGAACUAGAGCAAACGCUACUUGCCAUCCAGACCAAUGGAAUCAAGAGAUUGUGGCUGGUGCCUCCCAUGUUGGUGGCAAUCACGAAAGCUCCCCGCAUAGUGGAAUCUUACGACCUCAGCAGUGUCAGCGUCGCGGCUGUUGGCGCGUCCGGGAUAUCGAAGGAUGUCAUGGCUACAUUUGGCGAGCUACUUCCAGCAUGCAAAAUUAUCCAAGGCUACGGCAUGACCGAAACAACUGGCGUGGUGUGCUUUGGAAACGUCGAAGAUUCCAUGGACGGAUCAUGCGGCCAUUUGUACCCGGGAUACGAGGCCAGGUUGAUUGACGGCGAAGGCAAAGAUGUGGAGUCUCACAACACCCCGGGUGAACUGGUCCUCCGUUCUCCUUCUGUGGUAAUUGGCUACUACAAUGACGAGUCGGCCACUUCGGAAGCCAUGAUGGACGGAGGGUGGUUGCGAACCGGUGACCUGGUGGAGAUUCGCCAAAGUGAGAAGGGACAUGAACAUGUGUUCGUCGUUGAUCGUGUGAAGGAAUUGAUCAAAGUCAGGGGCCUACAAGUUGCACCAGCCGAGCUGGAAUCCCACCUCAUACUUCAUCCAGCGGUGGCUGAAGUAGCUGUUAUUCCGGUGCCCGAUGACCGAGCUGGUGAGCUUCCGAAGGCGUAUAUAGUACGAGCCAGCGGUGCGGAACUCGACGAGCAAGUGCUGCGCAAAGAGCUGAGCCAGUACGUCGAAGGGCAAUUUGCGCGGCACAAGCACUUAGACGGAGGUAUCGAGUUCUUGGAUAGCCUGCCAAAAACUGCAAGCGGAAAAAUGCAGAGAAAGACCCUGAAAGAGAAAGCUAGGACUGACGCGGAGGCUCGCCGGCAGGCCCGAGAGAAGGCCGCGAAUGGCGUGCAUAAAGUCCAUGUCAACGGUGUGAAGCGACCGGAGAAGAUGGAGGUAUUUGAUCUCAGUUCUGAUGACGAAGAUGAUGACUGA